AUGGUCCCGAAUGAUUUGGUUUGGGAAAUCUUGAGAUGGAUCCCAGUCAAAUCUUUGAUGCGCUUUAAGUGUGUAUCUCGAACUUGGUUAUCAAUCAUUAGGGAUCUGAGGUUUUCCAAGAUUUACAGCGGGGGUGGUGGUCCGUGUCUAAUAUCUUUCUACGAUUGGACUUUUGAAUGGUCUCGGUUUCUCCUUUGGCGUCCCCAUGUGUCCUUUGAUACCUAUACCAGUUUCGAGAUCCUCAAUCUUGAUAGUGAGAGCUUCGACACCCAUAUUGUGUAUCAUGGACAUGUGCAUGGACAAGCGCUAAAAAAAGCUUCUACAAAUAUUGUGGACGGUCUAAUAUGUUUUUAUCGAGGAGAGCAGUCGUGGUUGUAUAACAUUGCCACCAGAGAGAUGGUGAAGCUUCCUGACUUGACCUUUGGGGAAUGUAAGGAAGUAUGUCAUUCUAGUGUUUACCACUUAGGUUACGAUCCCAUCACCAAACGAUACAAGUUACUCAACACCGGUGACAAUCAUGCGGCAAUUCUCACCAUUGGAGUUGAUUCUUUGUGGAGAAACAUUUCCCCUUCAGUUACAUCUGUAGACAUGAGAAUAAAGAGAGGUGCAUGUUUAGACGGGAAUAUCUGUUGGGAGAGUCGAAGUGCCAGUCAAACUAUCAUAAUAUCUUUUAAUUUGGCCCAAGAGAAGUUUAUUCAGAUUGAGUCGUUCUUAGUUUUGGGAUCGUUAAUAAAUUUUGGACCCAGUUUAAUGGUAACGAGAUGUAAUCAAAGUAGUGGAGGACCUGACGAGAUCCUAUAUUACGACUAUAACAAUGGGAUUUGGAUUAAGCAGCUAUUUCUGCCACCACGAACUGAACCAUUAGAAGGAGUUCACAUUGAUGAAUUUCCCUGUAUCGUUGGUGUAUUCCCUAAUGGGAAGGUGUUAAUGAUAGAUUGUUUUGGACGGUCCCUUAUUUACCAAUAUUAUUUGUUUGAUCUAUCAAAGAAAGAGUGGAAACCAAUUGCGACUAGCGAUUCUUUAGCAAGGAGAUGUACGUCACAACCCCAGUUCUAUUUUGAGGAGAAUAUUAUCUCACUCGCCCAUUUGACUUCUUGCGACGUAUAG